AUUAAAACCGGAUGUCAGUGUUGUCAAAGAGGAUAAGCAUUUUCUCCGCGCCGCUUUGGUCUGUACUUGAAACAAUUUUUUUAUUCGCUUCUGUUUUCCGUAGUCUUGUGCUCAGUGACCAGUAUGCUCAUUGCUUAUUGCUCUUUGAUUAUGUAAAGUAAACAUUCUAAGCGCUAAUUUUUUUUUUAUCAACUUCGGCAAAUACACGUUUUUAAAACGAUAUUUUUAAAAACCAUUUUAUUUUUAUUUCACAUUUACUUAGUUUAAAAAUUGCCGUUGCUGAGAGUCGAUAUGAUAUGUAAAUCGUAAAAGUAGAUCAUCACUUGUUCACUCUGGUCCGUAUAACGCCAUACCGGCGUAGGUACCACCCAAAUUGCGAUGGAAGAUGUAGAAGUCCCUUUUAAGGAUAUUCUUGAACAUGAAUAUCCAGAAGUGUAUGAGUAUUUAAAGAAUGCCGUGCGAAUGCUAGAACGGCAACAAAAGUUGCUAUCCAAGUUAAAGAAUAUAAAAAACAAUAGUUCGACCGAUUUCAAGAAAUCGAAUAUUAAAACUGAAGGCUUUGACCCAAACUCUGAAAUAGUUAAAAACUUAAAAAAAGAUAAACUAGUAGUUAAAAAUCAAUCAGAUAAACAUGCUGAUGAUGUAGUUGAUAAUAUUGAAAAGUUGGAAAAUGAUAAAAAAUCUGAAAAUGGAGAAGUUGAUAAUCUAGGAACAGAAGAAUGUGAAACUAAAGAAGAAGGAGAAUGUAGUGAAGAUGAAGAAAAAUCUAAAGAUUUAAAACAAGUCAAUCAGUAUAGUUUGGGGAAAAGCCGUUUUAUAUUAGAAGAAACAACUGGAAUGUAUUAUGAUCAAGUGACUGGCUAUUAUUAUAAUUUAGAUAAUGGAUUAUUUUAUGAUGGAAAUCAAGGAUGUUAUUAUUACUUUGAUGUAAUUGCACAAAAAUAUAGACUACAUUCCCAAAUUCACUCAGAUACAGUUCAAUUACCUUCUAAUGUGCCUAAUGUAGAGAAACAAAAACAUAAUCAAGACAUACCUGGAAGUAUUAGUGAGGUCAGUGAUUCAGAAAAUUCCGAUGAUAGUGCUAAUUUAAUUAUUAAAGAAGACACAGAAGAAGAUACUGAAGCAAAUGAGAAAGAAAUUAAAAAUACCAUUAUAAAAACUAUUGAAAAAAGACCUAAUGAAUGUCAAGAAGUAAAAGAAGAAUUAAAUGUUGAAAACAAAGCAAUUAAAGAUGAAAAGGAAGAAGUUAAGCCUGAAGAUUGUCCUUGUCCACCUUCUACUUGUGAAAUUUUAGACAAGCGUUAUUUGAAUUUAUUGCAAUAUACAAAGCUAUUGCCAGCACCUAAGAAUAUAGUUCACAAAUUAACACCUGAUGGGAGUAAAGCAAAACAAUAUGCACAAAUAAGAAAUUGGUACACAGUCAAGCAUCAACUAACUGCAAUGGAAUCAGAAAUUAUUCAAUAUGAUAAUCUAGUUUGGGAUCGAAUUGAACAAUACUUAUGUCAAAAUAAGAGAGAUGAUAAAAAUUCAAAUUGGAAAUCAUACAAAGAAGUUAAAGCACACCUUUCUGAUACACAAACUAAAUUGAUUAAAUCAAAGGUUGUUGGAUGGCCUCCAUGUAUACGUAUUAUAAUAACUGAAUCCAAAGCAUGUAAUUCAUUGGUUGGUAAGCUAUUUUUAAUUACAUGUCCUGGUGGAACAAUAGGACGUUCGACAAACAGAGAUGUAGUAAUACCUGAUGAUAAUGUUAGCAAGUUACAUUCUGAAAUAUCAUUUAUUGGUAAUGUAAACAAAGUUGGUAGAGGUCAUUAUAUUGUUAAAGACAAAGGUAGUACAAAUGGCACAUUUUUGGAUGGUAAAAAACUUCCAAAGCACAAGUCUUCAAGUGAACCUCGUCAUUUAGUACAUGGUAGUGAACUUACUGUAGGUGACACAAAAUUAUUGUGUCAUAUUCAUGAUGGCAUGGAAACGUGUAAUUUGUGUGAACCUGGUAUACAAGCUCCUCCGCCAGAAGAAAGUGUUAAAAAUGUUGUACCUCAAAAACGUAAAUUUGAUGAUGAAUUAAAAAGUUUAAAAGAAAAAUAUGGAUUGCUUGGCUGUGAACCACCAGAUGCUGUAUUGCCAAAAGGAUAUAAAGAUAGAGCUGAUAAAAGGAGAAAAACUGUUGGAUCUCAAAAUGCAAAUGAGAAAACUGAAGUUGCAUGUGUAACACAGCCGAUUCCUACAAAGAACAAAGGUUUCAAAUUAUUAGAAAAUAUGGGUUGGACACCUGGAAAGUCUUUGGGAUCUAGUAAUUCUGGAAUAAAAGAACCUAUUUCAAUGGAUGUCAGAGAUGAAAAGAUGGGACUUGGGUUUUCAACGAAUUUUAGUCAACCUGAACAACCCAAGACAAAUAUUUUAAUCAAACAAUCAAAAAUACGUUUUAAUUUUGGUAAUAAAACUAAUAUGCCAAUAAAAACGAAUCGUAUACAUUUUACUGAAGAUGAAACAUCAGAAGAAGAAAAAUAAUAAUUAUAUUUUAUGAAUUAGAUGGCCAAUGAAUAGAAGUAUGAAAAGAAGUAUUAUUUCAACAAUAAAGUUUUUAUUUUAUGUUGUUAGGAGAUAAAAUUGGCUUUAUGAUGUACAGUUUUUAUUUAAUAUUCCAAGUUCCAACCAUAUUAUUGAAAUACGUAAAAUGAAUAUGAAUUUUUAUUGUCCAUUAAAAGAUAAAUGUAAGCAAUAAUAUAUAUUUUAAUAUAUUUUACCAAUAUUAAAUUAUAAUAUAAUUUAUUAAUAAAGUUCUUAGAUUAUUAAAAAAUUAACACUCAUGAUGUAUUUUUUUAAAAUUUAAAUAUAGUUUACCAGAAAUGAUAAAUAAUAAUUGCUACUUUACUCUAUAUGUUUUUUUUACUUUCAUAUUCAUUUAAAAAUUCAUUUUGAUUAUUUUUACAGUAUUCUGAAAACAAUUUAAAUUUUAAAUUCUGUAAAUUAAAUUGAAAUAUAAAAAAGAAUUACUGCAUUUUUAUUGUAACGACUAGAAUUUUAUUUUUAAAUAUUUACUUAAUUUAAAUUUCAUUGAAGAAAAAUACUGAGAAAAACUCAUAUGGAACUUUAUAGAUUGGCUGUUACAAAUAUUUUAUGAGAAAAAUAUACUUUAUUUUUUUAUUGUAAAAAUAUUAUUCAGUUUUUAUUUUGCUGUAAGAAGAGUACCUAUUAGAAAAUAUAAUAUUUACUUUUAUAAACACUAGUAUAUUGAUUUUUGAUGUAAAAUGAAGUGUAACAAAUGAAUAAUAUAUAUUUGAAAGAAUAUAUUUAAACAAAUUAUUGUA